CCAACCAAAGCCAGAAGACACGGUGCCGUCAGCUGUGCUCCCGGCGCUCCCGCACCACAAGCAAGCGCGUGCGCGCCGUCAAGUCGCCUCUACAGCAACUUCCACCGCGUACUCCCUCCCUCCCUCGUCUCGUCUUCGUCUCCAGGUUUCGCGGGGGCCAAGGUUUCUGCCGGAGCAGUCGCGGUCUGCGCUGCGGCACGGCGACGAGGUGGGGAUGGAGUACCGCGACAAGCUCGUGCUGGCGCCCAUGGUCCGCGUGGGCACCUUGCCAUUUAGGCUACUGGCUGCUGAAUAUGGUGCUGAUAUUACUUAUGGAGAAGAAAUUAUUGAUCACAAAUUCUUGAAGUGUGAGCGUGUUACAAAUGAAUCUCUUGGGACUACUGAUUUUGUGGAGAAAGGGACUGACAGUGUAGUUUUCCGUACAUGCCCACAAGAAAGGGGCAGGGUUGUAUUCCAAAUGGGCACAUCAAAUGCUGUGAGGGCACUUAAAGCUGCUCAGAUCGUGUGCCGUGAUGUUUCUGCUAUAGAUAUCAACAUGGGUUGUCCAAAGUCUUUUUCACUUAGUGGAGGGAUGGGUGCUGCAUUACUCUCCAAACCUGAGCUUAUACACGAUAUUCUGACAACACUGCGGAGGAACUUGGACACAACUGUGACAUGUAAAAUCCGUCUUCUGAACACACCUAAAGACACUGUGGAGUUGGCACGCCGGAUUGAGAAAACUGGUGUUCCUGCUCUUGCUGUCCAUGGAAGAAAGAUUAAAGAUAGACCGAGAGAUCUUGCCAAGUGGGAUGAGAUAGCUGAUGUUGUGUCAGCGCUGUCAAUUCCAGUUAUAGCUAAUGGAGAUGUCUUUGAGUAUGAGGAUUUUAAGAGAAUUAAAGAUGCAACAGGUGCCGCGUCUGUUAUGGUUGCUAGAGGUGCUAUGUGGAAUGCCUCCAUCUUUUGUGCCAAAGGAAAAACACCUUGGGAGGAUGUCAAAAGAGAGUAUGUAAGAAAGAGCAUAUUGUGGGACAACGAUGUGAAGAGCACGAAACAUACCUUGAAAGAAAUGAUAAUGCACUAUUCUUGCCUUGAACUUCCUGAGGGGAAAGGCGUUAUAAAGUGUGAUACAUCUGAAGAUUUAGCGAGACUAUACGGGGAAGAGGACUACUAUAAUUUUGUUGUUGCAAAUAGGAAAUGAAUACAAUUUGAUGUUGUGAGCUCUCAUGUGUACCAGGUAUCUAUUUCCGAAUACAUUGGGUCUAGAGCUAGUGAAAAAGGAAAUAAUAUUAUGUGAAACUGAUGAAGUUGAUAGUUUCAUGUAGUCUACAUGCGGUACUUUUUCCUUGCAAAUAACAAUUACUUGCAAAAUAAGCAUGUUUGUUGACAUGGGUUUCAAAACUAAAAUUGGUUCCAGUUCCUUGGCCAGGUAGCCACUCUUAAUAGGGGCUUGCAUGCUGGUAGUCUGUAAACUAGCGAUUAGAGUUUGUAAAUGUAUGAUACUGAUCAAGAAGUCAAGAACUGGCUAAACUAAAUGGUAUUUUACCUGGACCCAGCAAAACCGGUGAAACUUGCCUGGAACUUGAAGAAAGAUGUUCACUUGCAUGAUUAAAUUGCAAAUCAGAGGUACCCAUGGCCACAAUGUAAUUUCGAAAGGUUUUUUCAUCAUAAUAAAAAAUUGCAAUAAUUCAGUGAUCAAUGGGUAAUGGAGCAGAACUCUCAACUUCAUGAUUGAUUAUUCGCUUCGAUUAAAGCCAGCUGUUUGGACUGCUGUAGCUGCAAUCCAUAGAGAUAAAACACUGUAGAAGCAAUAGAAGCCUACGGAUUAAAGUCAAGCAAACAGGCUAGACCUCUCUCUUUCUCUGAAAAAUGUACUACCAAGAACCUGCAUAUCUACAUACAAUGACACCUCUCCUCACCUGCCCGUGACGCUGAGCUGCCUUCGCCCCCCCCCCCCCUCCCCCUUCGCCGCCGCUGCCUAGAUGUUUCAUUUCAUCUUUGUGCGUGUGAGGCACACGGCACGAUAAGGACGAAUGUUGGGUGGGGCUGCUCCCUCUUUCAAUGGAAUGACAUGGUCAAUAUCACGUUGAGGAGGGACUUUUGUGUACUCCUGACAGAAUUCAGAGUAUUGUUGCAGUAAGGCUUGAAUAGCCAGACGAAGAGUGUGGUGCCUGCAGAGACAAGCUGUUGAGAUGCAGAAUGAAACUAGAAAUGCCUUUGUUGAGAAGCUUGUUCAUUAUCCUUUUCAGUUGUUCAGUGUACGCAUCCUGAGAUGUACAAUCCUUUAAUGAGAGGAGAGUAUCAUCUUCUAAGGAGUCAAGGGUGUUGUUCAAGGCAUGUUCCUGAAUAGAGAAUGCAGUGCCUGUUAUGAUUGCCCCAGAUCUUCUGCUUGGAUUCCUAUCUCACCCUUUAUUGAUGGGAUUAGGAGGAAUUCCUGCCACCAAGGACAACGGGAUUUGCCAUUUUGGCGCUGUCUGGACUUAACACUGAAGCUGCUGAUCUUUCUCUUGUACUGUUGGUCUCACAGCACAUCGUUUAUCUUUGGUGGGGCUCUACCUCUACUUCACAAAUGCUCUGUAUCUGUAUCUUGGUGGGCAAAGGCGCAAAGCUGCAUCAGCCAUGAGUCCAUGACAUCAGAGACGGUUAUGCUGAUAUGCAUGCAUGGUAUUCCCCUUACACAAAACCGUAAUAUCUCAUUCUCAUUCAUACUCCAUAAUCUCUGCGCAUAGGCCAUCUUCGAUUCUUUUUAUAUUUAAUAAAGACGCCAUCUUGGAGCUACCAUACCAAGAUGCAGAAAUGUCGUGCAAACCAAAGGCACCGAAGAACAGUCGAGACCUAGCUUUGUUGGUAAGCCAAACCUAGUCUUCAAUUCUCUAGGACCCAAAAAUCGUGUCUUAAACUGUCAGUCUGUCACUGCCAGAAAAUGCGGGCCAGAUUUUUUUUUGAUACCUCUGGAACGUGUACUAAGCUAUUUAAAAAGUUUGCUUUCAA